CCCCGCCCCGUCGCCAUGGCAGCAGCGCGGCGGGCCCGGGGCCGGAGAUGGCGGCGGUGUCGGGGGGCGGCGAGAGUGGCGCGGACGGGGGGAGCUCCGGCGAGGAGGACGCCGGCGGCUCGGCCGGAGAGAGCCGGUACCGGGCUGCGUGCCGGGCCUGCGGCGUGACCCCGGCCUCCAGCCUCCUGCGGCGCACGGUGGGCCCCGUGCUCAGCCUGCGGCACCGUGGCCUGGGCCCGCGGGGUGCCAAGGCUUUAGCUCUUUCCUUGAUGGUUGAUACCUCUAUCCUCAUGUUAGACCUAAGUGACAACUGGCUGCAGGGAGAAGGGGCGGCUGCAAUUGCAGAGAUGCUGAAAGAAAACUGCUACAUUUCAGCUGUUGAUUUAUCUGACAACAAAUUAGGCAUUGAAGGAGCUAAGGCCUUUUCUGCUAUGCUUCUAGAAAAUACUACAAUUGUGUCCCUCCAGCUCUCAGGAAAUGAAUUUGAUGAUCAUGCAGCGAAGUAUUUAGCGGAUGCCCUCACAGCAAACAGCAAAGUGGAAAUUCUGGAUUUGAGUUACAACAAGUUUGGUGACAAAGCAGGUGAAAUUCUUGGAACGGCAAUAGCAGAAAACAUUGGAUUAAAGGAACUUAAAAUCAGCUGGAACCAUUUCCAUAGUCAAGCAGCAGCUGCCUUGGCCAAAGGCUUGGGGGCAAACAUAUACCUCAAAGUGCUGGAUGUUUCCUACAAUGGCUUUGGCAACAGUGGAGCAGCUGCCUUGGGGCAGGCUCUUAAAGCCAACAACGUGCUGGAAGAGCUAAACGUUAGCAACAACCGUAUUUCGGUGGAAGGAGCUCUGCACAUUGCAGGUGGCCUGAAAGAAAACAAGAGUCUGAAAAGACUUAACAUGACCAGAAAUCCCAUGCAAAGUGAAGGCUGCUGUGGGGUCCUCAAAGCUCUACAAGCAAAUUCUGGCACUGGCCUAGAGAUCCUGGACUUGCCACUAAAUGGCACUUCUGUGGCACAAGAACUUCCACUUGAACAUCUACCCUGUUUGUGAACAGUGCCAGAUCUGAGAAGGCAGCCCUCUGUCACCAGGACAUCCCUGUGAACAAAGAGCUUGCAGAGCUGUGUGAUGCUGUGAAAAUACUUUUCCCAAAUCUUCUCCUUAGAUAUGGUGGAAACAUGAAGUUGCAGAGGAAAAGUCAGUUGAAGGCUGAGCUUCGGACUCAGCCCAAAGUGGUGGGUAAUUCCCAGAAUGCAGUGGCUUAACACGAGUCUCUUUGGGGCUGCUUCUUUAGCACCUCUGCCUAACACCCCAGUACCACUCACCAAGCCCGUGACACAAGGAUGUGCCAGGGCAGGGCUAAGGCAGGAUCUGUGCACAUACUGGCUACUUCAUCAUUGCUGACACUUGGAAUUUUUUCUGUCUUUUCACUUUAAGUUUUCUGCUACAACCAGCUCUGAGUCUCUUCCAGCACAUGCAAGAGUAUCCUCAUGGAUGAGAGUCCAGGGGCUUCUUUUUAAUCAUCAUCUUUGUGUGUAGGGACAUUUGUCUGGUGGAACAUCAUAUGCUGUAGCUGCUGAUGAUGCUUGGAUCCAUAGCCCGCUGCAGUGGGGUCUGUGCAGCCUGAGAGUGCACUUAUUCUGUAGAAAGUACAGUCCUAUCCAGAGAUGUGGUGUGAACAAAUGCUUUCUGCCUUAGGCUUGUUCUUCUGUUAUACAGCCAGGAUUGCCUUUGCUGAAUUGGCUGUCAGAUGCAUGGGUGAUUCAUUUUCAGCUGCUUACUACCACAGUUCCUUAGCCUUACAUGGAGCCCAUGUUCUCCAGAGUAGAGCCCCUGUCCUGGGUCAUGACUGGCAUUAUUUCCUGGAUGCAUGCUCUUGUUUUUGUCAGUCUUACGUAGGAUGGAUGCUACAAGUUGCCUGGAAAUAGGACAGGCACUCAGUGGUAGCUCAGCAAUGAGAACAGGACAUGGGCUGUAACUCUUUCCCCCUUCCUGGGAUGUUUUCUGUGAUCCUGGUAUAAUCCAGUGGAUCCUUGCUCCUUGAGGAGCGUUGGGCAGGAAUCAUGUCUGUGCUUUAAGCAGCCUGGCUUAACUCUCCCUGUCCUGGUCUCUGUGAAGAAGUGGUUUCUUGCAGCAGUUUCUUGCAGUUUGGGAGAGGGGCUGAGGUUGGUCACACAAGCAGCUCUGGAUGUCUGGCUUGGGUGGAGGUGCAAGCAACUCUGCCCCACACUCAGAGGGCAGCAAACCCCAGCGGUGUUGCAGUGCUGCCUUAACCUAGCUGUGGCUAUACAUAAAUAAUUGCCUUUCAUUCCCUGAAGGUUGGCAGACAUCAUUUUAAAGUGCGUGCAGCAAUCUUGGCUUUAUCUGUGGCUCCAGCUAGGCAAGCCUGGUCUGUCCCCAGGCAUGUUGGCAUGCACUGGUUUUGAUUUCCUCUUUCACUGACACACCAACUGACGAGGUCUGGGGACGUCCAGGCAGUGCUCUCCUGUAAGGUGGUGGUGACACCUCCCUGAGAAGGCAGCUUGCAAAGGUGGGGGCCAAAAUUCAAGACAGCUUCUGCCAGUCGUCUUCCAGUGUAGCUGGCUGGUGCCCUGUAUUUUGGCUUAUGCUUUUUUCCCUAGAUCAGAAGCAUUAUAAUCCCCUUGCUCACUUUUGUGUUUCAUUUAUCUAAUAAAAGUGCCUACCAGUGAAAUUGCACUUAGUGUUAGUUCUCAGCAGAAGAUGAGGUUUAGCCUCUUUAUUUGAGAAUAACUCUAUGCAGUUAUGAUUUACCUAAUGGAGUCUGUCCUGUAAAUGUGCAAAUUAUUUUACAGUUAUGUAUCUAAUAAAUAGUGUCUGUGCCUUGGA